CCUCGCUCUCCUACGUUCCACUCGUCUCCCAGCCACUGCUUCUCGCAGCCAGCGCAGCGCACGCAUCGUUGCGCCUGCUCUGCCUACUCGCGCGCCGCCGCCCGCGCUGCGCACGCGGCCGCCGCCGAGCCGCGCCCUCUGCUGCGCGUGAGCGCGUGCACGCGCCGCACCUCUCGCGCCCGCCAUGUCCGGCAACGUCAAGGUCGUGUCGCGGUUCCGCCCGCCAAAUGCGCUCGAGCUGCGCGAGGGCGGCGACAUUGUCGUCGACUUUGAUGAGGGCGAGAACACGACGGUGAAGCUCAAGCACGGGCCCGCCUCGGGGCCCGAGGCCGGCGGCUUCACCUUCGACCGCGUCUUUCCCAUGGGCACGCGCCAGAAGGAUGUGUUUGAGUUCGGCAUCAAGGAGACGGUCGAUGACGUGCUGAAUGGAUACAACGGCACCAUCUUUGCAUACGGCCAGACGGGCUCGGGCAAGACGUUCACCAUGAUGGGCUCGGACAUCGACGACGAGAACCUCAAGGGCAUCAUCCCGCGCAUCACCGAGCAGAUCUUCGACAACAUCAUGGCCUCGCCGCCGCACCUCGAGUACCUCGUCAAGGUCUCCUACCUCGAAAUCUACAUGGAGCGCAUUCGCGACUUGCUGGCUCCGCAAAAUGACAACCUGCAGAUUCACGAGGAGAAGAACAAGGGCGUGUACGUCAAGGGGCUGUCGGACUUCUACGUCGGCGGGCAGGCAGACGUGUAUGAGAUCAUGCGGCAGGGUGGCUUGGCGCGGGCGGUGUCGUCGACGAACAUGAACGCCGAGUCGUCGCGCUCGCACUCGAUCUUCCUCGUGACGAUCCAGCAGCGCAACACCGAGACAGGCUCGCAGAAGACGGGCAACCUGUACCUCGUCGACUUGGCAGGCUCGGAGAAGGUCGGCAAGACGGGCGCCAGUGGCCAGACGCUGGAGGAGGCGAAGAAGAUCAACAAGAGUCUGAGUGCACUCGGCAUGGUCAUCAAUGCGCUGACCGACGGCAAAUCAUCACAUAUUCCGUACCGCGACUCGAAGCUCACGCGCAUCUUGCAAGAGUCAUUGGGCGGCAACUCGCGCACGACGCUGAUCAUCAACUGCUCGCCCUGCGCCUUCAACCAGGACGAGACGAUCUCGACGCUGCGCUUCGGCGUGCGCGCCAAGUCGAUCAAGAACAAGGCGCGCGUGAAUGCCGAGCUGUCGCCUGCCGAGCUCAAGGCGCUCCUGAAGAAGGCGCAGGUCGAUGCUGCGCGGUACCAGAACUACAUUGCCGCUCUCGAGGGCGAGCUGAAGCAGUGGCGGGCCGGCGGGACAGUGCCAGAGAGUGACUGGGCGGAGGUCGGCAAGGUCGCCGCGGGCGCAGAAGGGCUCGCUGCACCUGCCGCUGCGCGGUCAGCAACGGCCUCGCCCUCGGUGCGGCCACAGACGCCUGCGAUCGAGGCCUUGCUGCGCGAGGGCAGCUCGCGGCCCGACACGCCGACCUCCAGCACGCUGGACAAGGACGAGCGCGACGAGUUCCUGCGGCGCGAGAACGAGCUGCAAGAUACCAUCGCCAAGCUCGAGAACGAGCUGGAGGAUGUCAAGGCGGCGGAGCGCAUUGCCCGCGACGAGCUCUCGUCUGCGCGCGAGCAGGAGCAGUCGGGCAAGGAGAUGUCGCAGCGCCUCGAGGAGUGCAAGCUCGAGCUCGACAGCGUGCGGCACAAGCUCAAGGAGGCCGAGAUCCUCAACGACGUGCACGCCGACAGCAUCCGCGAGCUGACGGUGGACGUGGACGAGCUGCGCAAGGCGGCGUCCGAGUCGACGCGCAACGCAGCCGGCGCAGCGGGCGCACGGGAUCCGGGACACGAGGGCAAGGAACGCAAGAAGGCCGAGCGCAUGGCCAAGAUGAUGGCCGACUUCAACGCCGGCAUCGUGUCGGAGAAGGAGGAGCAGAUCCGCGAGACGCUGGCCAAGCUCGAAAUCGCCAGCGGCAUGGGCACGGGCGCCGACGGCACACUUUCUGCAGACGACAUCUCGACGCUGCGCGAGCAGCUGCUCGAGUCGCAGACGCUGGUGCGCGAGCAGCACGAGCGCGUGCGGCAGGUGCAGGACGAGAACGAGCUGCUGCUGCAGCGGCGCGACGAGAUGGAGGCGCGCCUCGCCACGCUCGAGGCCGAGUACGAGGAGCUGCUCGACAAGACGUACCACGACGGGCAGGACGCAGGCACUGCGGGCAUCAACGAUGCCAUGCUUGAGCUGCGCGGCAAGCUGGAGGACCAGUACGCGAGCCGGCGCGAGGCGCAGGCCAGCGAGAUUGCGGACCUCAAGAAGCAGCUCGAGCUCAAGGCGCAGGAGCGUGCCAGCAUGCAGGCCGCCAACGACGCGCUGCGCUCGACCAACGACGAGCUCAAGCGCGCCUUUGCCGUCACGGCCGCCGCGGCCGAGGGCGGCAAGGACCUGGCAGAGAGCGCGCGCGAGAUGGAGCGUGUGCGCAAGACGAUGGCCACGCAGCUGUCCGAGUUCGACAACAUGAAGAAGAGCCUCAUGCGCGACCUGCAGAACCGCUGCGAGAAGGUCGUCGAGCUGGAGAUCUCGCUCGACGAGUCCAAGGAGCAGUACAAUAACGUCAUCCGUAGCUCCAACUCCAAGGCGCAGCAGAAGAAGAUGCACUUCCUCGAGCGCAACCUGGAGCAGCUGACGAGCGUGCAAAAGCAGCUCGUCGACCAGAACGGGCAGCUCAAGAAGGAGGUGGCGAUUGCGGAGCGCAAGCUCGUGGCGCGCAACGAGCGCAUCGAGAGUCUCGAGAGCCACCUGCUCGACAGCCAGGAGAAGCUCGCGCUGCAGAACCGCAAGUUCGACGAGCAGCUGCAGGCCGUCAAGGAGCGCCUCAGCCAGGCGCGCGAGAUGAAGGGCGCCGCCGGCGCCGGCGCCGCGGCGCUGGGCUUUGGCCGCAUCGCCAAGCCGCUGCGUGGCGGCGGGCCGACGCAGGGCGGCGCACAGGGCGGGCCAGGCGCGCCGCAGGCCAUGCGGCAGUACCCUGGCGUGGCGAGUGCGCAGAACAUGGACUCGUCGUCGCCCAAGGCGCGCUCGAGCUGGUUCUUCUCGGCCGCCAAGUAGGCGUCCCUCCUCGUUGCCCACCUGUCUGCCUCCUGCUCCCCACUCUAGACGUCGCGGUCAUAUUUUCCUUCGUCCGUGCGCCCACUCUUGUCCUCCGCACGGUUUUCCCCCACCCAUUAUUCCCCUGAGCACGACCCUCGCAGGC